AUGUCAACUGGGAUAACAGAAGACGUCACGCCAGAGGAAGAGGCUGAGAACAAUCGAUUUUUAAGUGCCAUUUUGGACACUAAAGUCAUGAAGAUUGCUCACGACUACCUUGUUAACAAGAAACUGGUGAGACCUGGUUUUGCUGAUUUCAAAAAGCUUUUGUAUAGAAUAUGGUUCCAGCUGUAUUCAAGAGAUGGCAGUAGAGGGGGAGAUUCUUGUGGUUUUGAACAUGUCUUUGUGGGAGAAAUGAAACGUGGAAAAGAAAUGAUGGGAUUCCAUAACUGGGUCCAGUUUUACCUUCAGGAACGCAGGAACAACAUUGAUUACAAAGGCUAUGUUGCCAGGCAAAAGAAAUGUGGGCCUGAUGAAGAUGACCAGGUAUUGAGCCUGCAGUUCAGCUGGAAGAGUUUUAUUGGCGUUAGCCCAGAAUUUGAGUUUGCAGUCUAUACUGUUGUCUUCUUGAUGUCUAAUGAGAAGGUCACAAGGGCCGUGGUGCGGGAAGAAGAAUACGAGCUUGAGCUAGUUGUGUACCGACAUGGGAAGUACAUUGGAGCUUCCUACCCUGUGCUUCUGAGCACCAGCAAUGAAGAUCUUUAUUAA